CUAGUGUGUUGACUGUCUGAAUCUCUGGCAGGACGCACAGACAGCCAGUCCUGCUGCAUCGUCAGCUAUCCUUCAGUUUCUGCAGUGGCACGGGAUCGGUCCUUGGUGAUUUUACUGCCUUGACUCACCACAUGAACCUUUUAGAUCAGGGAUCCACCUGAAGCUCUUGAAGUUUUCUUGUGAACCGUCAAGGAGGACAAGAGACAUAUUUCAAAUCAGGACAGGAUAUUGAACAGGGACCUAAAGGGAAUCAGGUGGGACCCACCAGUGACUCGCGACCCACCGGUUUGGGAAUCAUUCAUUGACUGGACGUAAGGCAGGACCUUGGGCCUCCAGUACUGUCUCUUCUCUCCUCUCUUUCCUUCAGCCUGUGGAGUAACUGGGCCUCAGGAUGGAGUGCAUAAAACACAUUAUAAAGAGCAUGGUCUCUGUGACGGUUUGGGCAUACAUCAAGGGCUACUGUAAACGCAACGGGCUGCUGACGCUCUCGGUCAUCGCCGUUGUUUCCGGCUGUGUGCUCGGAUUCUCCCUCCGCAGCUUCAACCUCUCCACGCAGGCUAAGAUCUACUUCUCGUUCCCUGGAGAACUGCUGAUGAGGAUGUUGAAGAUGCUGAUCCUGCCUCUCAUCACGUCCAGUCUGAUGUCGGGGCUGUCAGCCAUGGACACGAAGGCCAGCGGGCGGCUGGGGGUGCUAACCAUCACUUACUACCUGUGGACCACCUUCAUCGCUGUCAUCGUCGGCAUCAUCCUGGUGCUGGUCAUCCACCCUGGUACGGGCACAGAGAAGGACGGGCACAGAGGAGGGUCAGGGCCCGUUAUGACUUCUGCUGACGCUCUGCUGGACCUCAUCAGGAACAUGAUUCCAUCCAAUCUGAUAGAGGCAACUUUUCAACAGUACCGUACAGACCUGGUGCCCAUAGUGGCCUCCAGUUUGGUGGAGUCCCAGGCCAACUACGUCUACGUGAUGCCCGACCACAACAACCCUCAGCUGGGCCACCCGGUCUUCCUGGAGAUCACCCCAGCUCCAGACAUCAAGUACAAGAUCAUCCCUGGCCACAGCUCUGGCAUGAACGUACUGGGGAUUGUCAUCUUCUCUGCUACUAUGGGCCUGCUCCUGGGGAAGAUGGGCGAGAGAGGCGCUCCAUUGGUCAAUGUGUGUCAGUGUGUCAACGAGUGUGUUAUGAAGAUCAUCAAUGCUGCCAUGUGGUAUUUCCCUUUUGGCAUUGUGUUCCUGGUAGCAGGGAAGAUCCUGGACAUGCAUGACCCCGCCCACCUGGGAGAGAAGCUGGGGAUGUACUUCAUCACAGUGUUAGCCGGCCUGUUUGUCCACGGACUAAUCCUGCUGCCGCUCUUCUACUUUGUAAUCACACGCAAAAACCCCUUCACCUACAUCAGAGGCCUGCUACAGGCUCUGGUCAUCGCCCUGGCAACCUCCUCCAGUUCUGCCACCCUGCCCAUCACCAUGAAGUGUUUGUUGGAGAACUGUGGAGUGGACAGACAGAUCGCCAGGUUUGUCCUUCCAGUGGGAGCCACCAUCAACAUGGACGGGACAGCCCUCUACGAGGCCGUGGCAGCCAUUUUUAUCGCUCAGGUCAACGAGUACGAACUGGACUUUGGUCAGCUGGUCACCAUCAGUAUCACAGCGACAGCGGCCAGUAUCGGGGCUGCUGGGAUUCCGCAGGCGGGCCUGGUUACCAUGGUGAUCGUCUUGACCUCUGUGGGGCUUCCUCCCGCUGACAUCACACUGAUCGUGGCCAUCGACUGGGUCCUGGAUCGUUUCAGGACCAUGAUCAAUGUGUUGGGAGACGCUCUGGCUGCAGGCAUCAUGUGUCACCUCUGUAAGAAGGACUUUGAGAGGAGGGAGUCAAACGCUAACUCUGCCCGGAGGGACACAGUGAUCUCCUUCGGUGGCCAGAGUGUCCAGAGUUGUGCCCUGUCCGAGGCUCCUCUCAUGGACUAUGCCCAUCGCUGUGACUAUGUCUACGAGGUGGAAGGUGACUGUGUCACAGAGAAAUCUGGCCCCACUUACAACCUGUGUCAGGUUUAGGAGAAACCCGUUCCCUGUUACAAUCUGUGACCUUUGUUACAAAGAAACCGGUCCUCGGCUGCAACCUGUAUCACAGAGAAACCGGUCCCCUUCUACAACCUGCGUCACAGACAAACUCUGUUUUGUCUGAGACACUUUCACUGGACAGACAGCAGGGGGCACUGCCCGCCUUCAACAGAGACCUUUCUAUUCACAUGAAUAUACGUAGAGUUGUCCUGAUAUCAAUGGCUUUGGACUGGGGAAUUACAAUGGGACUGGGAAACAACCCUGCACUGAAACAGAGUUUGCACUUUUCUGAUGUGCAUUUAUCAGGAGUUGACUAUAAUGUCCUCUGAUGGAUCAGUUGAUGGCUGAUGGUGUGCUCACACCACUAAGUCACUUUGGUUAGUGUCUGGUAAAUGUUCAACGUUUUACUGUCUGAUGAUCACACCUGUGCCAUGAUGAGGAAGCAGGUUUUCCUCAUCGUUUUGUGACUGGCUAGGCUACUGUAACCUACCAGUGACAGGGACUUAUACAGUAGGUCCACUAGGGUGCAUGUUAUGUCCGAGUCAGUUUUCCUUCUUUAGCUCAAUGCAGAUUCUGCUCAGGACACCAUUUUGGUGCCACAAUGUACUGCAGUACAGCACAUUUUCUAGGCAACCAGGUGGCAUUAUGGACACCAUUUUGGUUCAAUGUACUGGGGACUGUAAAGAUAGAUGGCAAUAACUUUCACAGAGUUUUUUGAAACCUUGUUUGGUAUCAGAAUGGCUAUGGAUACUUGCAUGGAGAUACAAUGUUUUAGGACAGGAGUAUUCAACUCUGACCCUAUGAGGUCCAGAGCCAGCUGGUUUUCUGUUCUACCUGCUAAUUAAUUACACCCACCUGGUGUCCCAGGUCUAAAUCAGUCCCUGAUUAGAGGGGAAUCAC